AUUCCUGAUUCGGUGGGAGGUUUGUGAGGGCUGCUGAAUUGCAGAUGUAUCCGCUCCGCGAAAUCCCUGCUGCGGGCCAGGCCCUGGCUGGCGCGGAGAAGGACGAUGGCAGCAUUCGUGUGCAGGUACGCUUCCCAUCCACACAUAUGCAGAUAUCUGCAGACAUAAGCGCCGCCCUUUCUGUGUGUCAGCUGGGCCGCAGAAUCACGCUGCUGCACCCGCCGACCCAGUGGCAGCCCGACCCCGAGGGCGCCAAAGCGCCAAACACCCUUCUCGAGCUGCAGUGGGCCUACGGCUACAACGGCUCCCUGCUCAAGUCGCUCCACUGGAUCAACUCCCACGAGUAUGUCUACGCCACGGCGGCACUGUGCGUGGUGCAGAAUAUCCCUCUCAACGUGCAGCGGUUUUUUUCUGGGCAUGAUGAGGAUGUCACUUGUGUGACGUACAAUGUGGCUAGGGGGCUGUGUGCGUCGGGGCAGAGAGACCCCAAGGGACCGGGGGGGCCUUAUGUGUGCGUGUGGAGCCCGGGUGAGGAUCUGAUUGACGUGGCGAUUGCGGAGCUGCAUUUUCACCAGAGAGAGGUGACAGCCGUGUGCUUCUCUGCUGAUGGCAAGUGAGCUGCGUCGGACUUGGAGCACUGAGAGAGAGUGCACCCCUCUAUGCGAUCGAUCUCUCUCUCUCUCUCUCUCUGUGUGUGUGUGUGUGUGUGUGUGUGUGUGUGGUCGCUUCUCCCAAGGUAUAUAUACUCCUUCGGCCGAGACGACCAUCACCUCCUCGCCGUCUGGAGGACCCCCUCCCUCGCCGAGCGGCCCAUCCCGAAAUACGGCGGCCCCAGUCAGCCGUUGAAGCCCUUGCGCGUGACCACGCCCAUCUACUCGGUCGGCACGGGCAAGGCCCCCACCUUUGGGGCGAUGACGGCUUUUCGCGCUGGGGGUACCGCAAUGGGCACCAUUGACACGGAGAAGAGGCCUGAGGGGGAGUUUGUGGGGUUUUCCAAGGUGAGAGCAGGCUCUUUGCUCACCUGCAAUGGAAAGAAAACCGCUUUGUGUGUUCUUUGUGUGUGGGGGGGUGGGGGGUGGGGGGCGUGUGUAUGCUUGGGUGGUCAGGAGUUUGUGCGGUUUUGGGUGCAUCGCGCGGAGGGCCAGGGGCUGGGGGUGGGCCGGCACAUACUCACCAACAACCUGGCUGUAUACGGCAAGUGAGCAGAUACAUCGACCCCUCUCUCUGUGUGUGUCGCUGUGUCUGUCAUCCAUCCAUCCAUCCAUUCAUCAGGCACCCCACCCCCCGUCGUAUGGUCGAUGUGGCGUCCGUGUCCUUGUCCACCGAGCGCAAGAGCUGGCUCACAGCCGAGAACGGAUACCUCUACAGCUUCAUCGGCAACACCUGCAAACUCGCCGUCAACAUCGCCAAAAGGACACACGGCAAGACGCCGCCACUCGGGUGAGUGAAAGCUUUUGGACCUCUUUCUCUGUCAUCUAUCUGUGUGUGUAUGGUGUAUGGUUGUGGGUGUGGGCAUUCUUGUGUGUGUGCAUUGGGUGUGCAGGGGUGUGUGUGAGCUGCCGUUGGGCGGCUUCCUGGCUGUAAGUAAGACAGAGACAGAGAGAGAGAGGGAAUACUGGCAUUGUCUCAUUGCCUCCGUGUGUCUGUGCCUUUGGUAGGCUGACUUUGCGGGUGUGUUAUACAGCCGCUCGUGUCUCGCCUCACCCUUGGCUGUGUUCACUCCUGACCAAUGGGCGGGAGACGCCGCAAGGCAACAAACCUCCUCCCCCCCACCAGCCACCGACCACCACCCACACCCACAUCUCUCUCUCUGUCUGUGUGUGUGCAGGUGGUUCCAGAAACCCCCGGUCCUCCGCAUAGCGAGCCUGGCCUCCAACCACCGCUUCGACGCCCAGCUCACGCAGAAGAUGAAGGCCGGGGAGAGGGAGAGGGAGAGGGAGAGCAUCAGCCUUCUCGUCAGUCAGCCCCAUCACACCCCACCCCACCCCUCUAGAAUGGAAGUCUCUGCAAAUAGGCAUUUGUGUGUUGGGUGUAGGUAGCGGCCGGCACGACGACGAAUCACCUGUUUGUACUGUCGCUGACGCUGGAGAGGGAUUACAGGGGGGAGCGGGUGGUUGUGCCGAUGGCUUCUACCACUAGCACCAUAAGAGAGGACGUCAAGCGGCUCGCUUCGGCGACUUGGAAGCCUGUAAGAGAACCCUACAAACACAUAGGAGAAAAAAGCCAUUUGUGGAGCUUUUCCUUUACGGACUCUCUCUCUGUCUCUCUCUCUGUGUGUGUGUGUGUGUGUGUAUCUGUGGUUCCACGUAGUCUCUGUUGUAUGCCUUUCAAGCGGGCCACAUGGGCGAGGUAUGGGGGCUGGCGCACCACCCGUCGCUGCAGCUCGCCGUUACCGGCGGAGGCACCACCGUCCGGUUUGUCAUCCAGCGACCAACACCUUCUGUCUCUGGGACGAUUUGUCUCCCUCCUUCUAUGUGUUUCUUGACACGCAAUCGUCAGGUUUUGGGAUGUAGCCAAGGGCCGGCCGCUGUUCGGCCAAGUGCUGCGUGUGGAGCAUCCUGUUGGUACGCAUCCACACACACACACACACAGACAGACAGAGAGAGAGAAAGGGAUAUAUUGUGUGUGCAGGGAGCCUCUCGUUCGCGCCAAGUGGUCACUUUUUGGCUGCUGGUCUGGACGGGGGCAUGCUGCGCGUGUGGGCCUUUCCGAAACUGGAGCCCGUUUAUAACAACUUUGUCGAUAGCAGGCAAGACACAGCCCCUUCGUGUGGGUAUCUCGCUAUGUGUGUGUGUCUCCUUGGCUCAGGUACAGGGAGCGCGUGUACUUCGUCCAGUGGUCCGACAAGGGCGACUACCUCGCGGCAUGCUGCGGGGACCAGCGCAUCUACCUCUUCACGGCGAAGGCAGACAGCUCCACCUACUUCAAGGCAAGCACCCCCCCCCCCCCUCCACACACACACACACACACACAGAGAGAGAGAGAGAGAUGCGUGUGUGUUUGUGUGGAUGGGUCAGCUUGCGCUGCACCGUGUGUUGGUCGGCAACAGCAGCAGCAUCCUCUGCUGCAUGUUCAGCAAGGACGGCAAGUACCUCAUCAGCAACAGGCAUGUACAGUACUUGACCCUCAUUGGUCUUCGAGUCUCAUGCCUCUCUGCGCUCCUGCAGCAAGGACGCCCAGAUCCUGUGCUGGGCCACCCUCACCGGCCACCGCGAGACACGCAUGGGCGCCCUACGCAACCUCACCUACCAGCUGCCUUGGUCACCUUAUACACACACGCACACUCACAAACACACACAAUGACUUUUCUCUUUGCUCCAGGGUCAACAUCUUCGGGUGGCCGGUGAUCGGUCUGUGGGGCGACCCCUUGUACGACUGCAGCGACAUCGACAGCUGCUGCUCUGACCACAGCGGCAAGCUGAUCGUCAUGGGCGACGACUACGGCCGGAUCAAGCUCUUCAGGUCGGUGCCCUGCGCAUUUGUUCGUUCGGAUCAUUGUGGCCGCGUGGGUGUUUGUGUUUGUGUUUGUGUUUGAAGGUUUCCCACCCCGUACCUCUCCCCCGAUUGUCGUGUGUACGGUGAGCACUCCGCACCGCCCCCAUCUCGCUCUCUCUCUGUGUGUGUGUGUGUGUAGGCGGCCAUUCAGCGCAUGUGACUCGAGUGCUCUUCACGAAGGACAACAAGGUGUUCUCGACGGGGGGCAGGGACGCCACUCUCCUUCAGUGGCGGGUGGUGGAGCUGAAGCCGCCGCCACUGCCGCAGUAAGCACACACACAUUGGUAGAGGGAGGGAGAGAGACCUGGUGCUCGUCUCGUCUGUGUGCCUGCCUGUGUGUGCAGGGCCUCCUGGGAGUCACCUGACCACCACCCACCACCAGCAGCAGGAGAGCAGGUCCCUCCCGCUUCAGCGCCCCGUGUCCCAUCAUCAGGCACGCGCCACGUGCUGCAAGACGCCCUGCACCCACACCGACAGCCACAGCCACAGCCAUACACACAGACAGAGCCGCCGCCACAAAGGCAGCAGCAGAUGGAGAGAGAGGAGAAGGCGGAGGGGAAGGGUUUGUCGUUUGUGCAUCCGCCUUAUGCCACGGCGCCAGCACCAGGGGUGGGCAUGGCGAGUCUGAGCCCUGCUGGGCCGCUGGAAGGGCCAUCAGGUGUGUGUGUGGGGGGGGAGAGGGGGAGAGGGGGAGGGAGGGAGGGAGAUGCACGUGUCUCAUGUGUCUCGCUGUCAGGUCCUGUUGUGGCCACGGCUAGAGGGCGUGCGAAGCUGCAGCAGUACUUCAAAGGUGUGUGUAAGGUGGGCGGGGUGGUGAUGAUGUGUUUCCUUACAGAUCUAUGACAUGUUGCAGAUCACUGCGCCGACUGCGGGAAGGUGAAGGUGGCGUUGCAGCAGAGCGAGACACGUGAGACAAGGCCCGGAUGGUGAGAAUGCGCCGCGUACGCCCAUUUGUGUGUAUCGCGCUUCUCUCUGUCUCUCUCUCUCUCUCUCCCUCUCUCUGUGUGUGUGUGUGUGCAGGUACUAUAGGAAUGCGUCUACAGGCGUAGGCCCGGCGAUGAGCGGAUUUAAGGCCUCCUGGCAGCAGUUCGCACGCGACACAUGA